AUAGCAAAUAGCAAAAGCAUACAUAGUAAUCAGUAGUUAACAUGUGGAGGAAGGUGCUGUGGGUGGCCAUGCCUCUUGCACUGGCCAGUCUGGCCUUCACUGUAUAUCGAUGCAUUCCCUUCACUGAGGAGGAUUUGUCCAGUGAGGAGAGACUGUGGGCGCUCUAUGAGCAAUGGCGCAGCCACCACACGGUGUCACGGGACCUCGACGAGAAGCUCAGGCGGUUCAACGUGUUCAAGCAGAACAUGAAGUUCAUCGACGAGUUCAACAAGAAGGACGAGCCAUACAAGCUCAAGCUCAACGGCUUCGCGGACUUGACCAACCAAGAGUUCCUGGACCUCUACGCCGGCUCCAAGAUUGAGCACCACCGGAUUCACCGUGGGGAGAAGCCGGAGGGGGAGUUCAAGCACGGCCACAUCGAUAUUUACAAACUCCCUGCGUCGGUGGAUUGGAGGACCCAGGGCGCAGUUACACCCGUCAAAGAUCAACGCCAAUGCGGGAGUUGUUGGGCUUUUUCGGUAGUUGCUGCUGUUGAGGGUAUAAAUCAAAUAGUGACCAGAGAGUUGAUAUCGUUAUCUGAGCAAGAGCUUGUGGAUUGCGAUACGGGCAACAUGGGAUGCAACGGAGGGUGGAUGGAUAAGGCAUUUAGAUUCAUCAAAAAUGCUGGAGGCAUAACUACAGAGGAUACGUACCCUUACACAGCACAGCAAGGACCCUCCUGCAAUGCAUCUCAGCCCGUUGUGACAAUUGAUGGAUAUGAAGAUGUUCCGUCAAACAAUGAGACUGCUCUUCAACAAGCUGUAGCAAAUCAACCUGUAUCCGUCGCUAUUGAUGCAAGUGGUCGAGACUUCCAGUUCUACUCUGAGGGGGUCUUCACAGGAUCUUGUGGCACGAGCUCAAAUCAUGCAGUUGCUGUUGUUGGAUAUGGAGAAACAAAAGAUGGAACUAAAUAUUGGAUAGUGAAGAAUUCAUGGGGGACGAAUUGGGGAGAGCAAGGCUACAUAAGAAUGGAACGAGGAACCCCAAAAAAGGAAGGAACAUGCGGUAUUGCCAUGUCACCUUCCUAUCCCAUUAAAACAUCACCCAACCCUAGCAAUGAAUCAGCCAAGGAUGAACUCUAGGAGCAUAAACUUAGUUCGGUUGUUAUCAGACAAUGGUGUUGUAUUGUCUUUACUUGGCGAUCUCUCAUUUGCAGUCUCUUGAUUGGUCUUCUUGUGUUCUUAUUGCACUUAGAUAAAUGGUUAUGUUUCUUAAUAAACAUGUAGACCAAGUUAUCAAUAUAAUAAAAGC